AUGGCCAUCGAAGAAACCGCUACUGAGGUUAUUCUUACUCAUCCCGACAACAACCACACGGCUGUGAAAAUCUUGAAAUAUGGGGCCACGGUGUUUUCAUGGACUCUUAAGGGCAAAGAACAGCUCUGGCUAUCGAGCGCAGCCAAGAUGGACGGCUCCAAGCCCGUGCGUGGUGGAAUUCCGCUGGUUUUCCCGGUUUUCGGCAAAAACACGGACGACGAACAUCUGAGCAAAUUGCCCCAGCAUGGGUUGGCCAGAAACUCAACGUGGGAAUUUUUGGGCCAGGUGAGUAGCAACCCUCCCACCGUGCAAUUUGGGCUGGGUCCCGAGUUUGCCAACCCGGAAUUGACUAAAUUGUGGCCAUUGGACUACUCGCUGGUGCUAACGGUGGAGCUGGGCUCAGAGCACUUGAAGACGCACAUUGAGGUCACCAACACUUCGGCCGAACAAUUGCUGAAAUUCAACUGGCUGUUCCACACCUACCUCCGGAUCGACGACGUGGAGGACACCAUGGUGUCAAAUUUGACCGGAACCACACUUUACGACCAGAUGCUUCAGACUUCGUACUUGGACAGACAGCCUGUUGUUUCGUUCCACGAAGAACUCGACCGUAUCUAUAAACAAGUGGAAGACGACCGUGUGGUGCAGGUUAUCGAUAAGGGCGAACCCGUGCACACCAUUCGCAGACACAAUUUGCCCGAUGCGGUUGUUUGGAAUCCAUGGGUUGAGAAAUCGAAGGGAAUGGCCGAUUUCGAGCCCAAGACUGGUUACAAAGAGAUGGUUUGCAUCGAACCAGGCCAUGUGCACGACUUCGUGCAAUUGCAGCUGGGUCAGACAUGGGAGGCCUAUCAACUACUCUACAAAGAUGAAUUGAAAUACCAAGUAAUCUAA